UCCAGGGAAGACAAAAAAAAAGUCAAAGCACUGGGACUGGACAGUGAUGGCUUCUACGGGGCUGCAAAUUUUGGGCAUCGCGCUGGCCGUGAUCGGAUGGCUCGGGGACAUUAUAAUAUGCAUUCUUCCCAUGUGGAGGGUGACUGCGUUCAUCGGCAACAACAUCGUAACGGCUCAGAUUAUAUGGGAAGGUCUAUGGAUGACUUGUGUGGUGCAAAGCACUGGGCAAAUGCAGUGCAAGGUAUAUGACUCUAUGCUCGCAUUGCCCCAAGACCUGCAAGCAGCCCGCGCACUGGUCGUUAUCUCCGUGCUCGUGGCUAUCUUCGGAAUUCUCUUGUCAGUUGUCGGGGGCAAGUGCACGAACUGUAUAGAAGAUGAAUCUGCCAAGGCCAAAGUCGCUAUCGCCGCAGGGGUGUUCUUCAUCCUGAGCGGAAUCCUCUGUCUGAUAACGGUCUGCUGGUCUGCAAACACCAUCAUACGAGAUUUCUACAACCCGCUGAUUACCGACGCACAGAGAAGAGAACUUGGCGCCUCGCUGUAUGUCGGCUGGGGCGCCGCGGGGCUGCUGCUUCUCGGAGGAGGGAUUCUGUGCUGCCAGUGUCCCCCGAAGGAGGACCGCCCGUACACUGCCAAAUACUCCGCCGCGAAGUCUACCGGUACAGCGAAGGAUUACGUAUGAAUUGUUGAUGGACUAUUGGCGAUGCUGUUUUUAGUAUUACUAAUGUUUGUUUCUGUCUUGAGUCCACUUACGCGGUUUUGUGGAUUUAAAAUAACCAAUAUAACUCAGCAUUUAUACAACAGCUUAUCGAUUAACCCAAAAAGUGUUAUUGUUUUGACAUUUGAAAGAUAUUGUAAAUCAGUUUCAUCUAUAGAAACGAACGGAAUCUAAUGUGCAGCAUUUCUGGGAUUCAGGACAGUUAUGGGUGUGUCACGUCUCUGGUAACUUGUUGCCUACCAGAGUAAGAACUUAAAAAUUCCUUUUUUAUUCAGCACUUUUACAGAAAUUUAAGACGAAGUAUUAAG